AUGGGCAAAUACAAACUGAUACAUGUUUGGCGCUUAUUAGGCGCUGUUUGCUAUGAGUUCGGCACAAAUGCUUUCGGUUGGAGACGUGUCGUUAAAAGUAGUCAAAAACUGGAUGGAAAGGUAGUUGUGGUGACCGGUGCUAACACUGGCAUCGGAAAGGAAACGGCAUACCAACUGACACUGAGGGGAGCAAAGGUAUACAUCGGGUGUCGGGAUGUGAAGAAGGGAGAGACGGCUGUCAAAGAGAUACAAUCAAUGAAUCCAAAGGCAGACAUAAAACUAUUAAAACUUGAUUUGUCUUCACUUCAAUCGGUCCGCCAUUUCGCCAAAGAGUUGUCUCAAUUGGAGUCCAAAGUGGAUAUCCUUAUCAAUAACGCAGGGGUUAUGGCGUCACUUUUUAUUGACAUUACAUUUAAUACCACUGAUGUCAAAGGCACCGGGAGCUCGUAUAAUUACAGUAGGCUCAACUGCCCACAAGUUUGGGACAAUAGACAUGGCAAACAUCAAUCUGAAGGGAGAGUACAACCAGAAUAUAGCCUAUUCUCAGAGCAAACUUGCAUUACACAACAAGUGUCCUGUCUGGAUGUCUCUGUAUGUCCUGUACGUGUCCUUUGUUGGUUUAAGAGGCACUUCUUUCUGAAUCCAUUCAUGGGAUCCCAAACUACACUCUACUGUGCAUUGGAUGAGAGUCUGGACAAUGAGUCCGGUUUUUACUACGACAAUUGUCGGCGAAUUGAUUAUAUGAUACCCGAAGCCAAUGACGACAAGACCGCCAAAGCUCUCUGGAUAUUGAGUGAAGACUUUGUCAAACUUGAAGAUCAUCUCAGGAUUUAAUUCAUAGACAUUUUAGAAAUUUUUAAAAAAUUAAAGAUUAUUU